GCCAGAGAGUCCAAGAAGGGAAAGACGGCGCGCAUCUGAUGAAUGGUCCCAUAUCUCAGACCACUUCUCAGACGAGCUCCAUCCCCGCUUUGAGUCAGGUACCAACAGCCAAGGUUUCGGAGCUAAACCCCAAUGCAAAAGUAUGGGGGUCGCCUGUGUUACAUCUGGAGGCAGGUAGUGCCGCGGACGGCGGUGUGAGCGCAGCCUGGGACCACGUGCCUGGCCGUCGCCCAGACUGCGGCCAGGAGGAGUUGGAUGCCAAUGGUGACAGUGACAAAAGUCAUGAGAAUGCAGCACUGUCAGAGUUACAGGAGUCGGACCAGACAGCCAUGAGCACGUUGGCUCUGGACCACACAGAGUACGAAUGUCCGCCUGAGAACAGUGACACGGGAGGAAAUGAGUCUCAACCAGAAAGUCAGGAAGACCCCCGAGAAGUACUUAAAAAAACAUUGGAAUUCUGCUUAUCCAGGGAGAACCUUGCUAGUGACAUGUACCUUAUGUCGCAGAUGGACAGCGAUCAGUACGUGCCGGUCACCACGGUGGCCAACUUGGAGCACGUCAAGAAGCUGUGCACUGACCUGGACUUGAUCGUGCAGGUGCUGAGAUCUUUACCUUUAGUCCAAGUGGAUGAGAAGGGAGAAAAAGUCAGGCCAAAUCAAAACCGUUGCAUAGUGAUACUACGAGAGGUCUCGGAGUCCACCCCUGUGGAAGAAGUAGAAGCACUAUUUAAAGGAGAUAAUUUACCAAAAUUUAUAAACUGUGAAUUUGCCUAUAACGAUAAUUGGUUUAUUACAUUUGAAACAGAAGCAGAUGCACAACAGGCUUACAAAUAUCUGCGAGAAGAAGUCAAGACUUUUCAAGGAAAACCAAUUAAGGCACGGAUAAAAGCAAAGGCAAUAGCUAUAAACACAUUUUUGCCAAAGAACGGCUUCAGGCCCCUGGACAUGAGCGUCUACACGCAGCACCGCUACACGGCGUCCUUUUACUUGCCCCCAGUCUACAGCCCCCAGCAGCACUUCCCUCUCUACAGCCUGGUCGCGCCCCAGACGUGGUCGGCAACACACGGCUAUCUCGAUCCACCCUUGGUAACUCCAUUUCCAAAUACUGGAUUUAUAAAUGGGUUUACGUCUCCAACUUUCAAACCUGCAACAUCUCCGCUGACUUCACUCAGACAGUACCCUCCGAGAAGCAGGAACCCCAGUAAAUCCCACCUGCGCCAUGCCAUUCCCAGUGCAGAGAGAGGACCCGGGCUGCUAGACAGUCCUUCGAUAUUUAACUUCACUGCGGAUCGGUUGAUUAACGGAGUGCGGAGCCCACAAGCCAGGCAGACAGGCCAACCCAGGACCCGUGCACAGAACCCUCCAGCCUUUGCCAAGAGAGAUGCUGGGCCCGGGCGGGCAGAGCUGAGCAGCCUCGAGCCCUCUCCUGGCUUAGGUAGAGGCCGGAAAAAUUCCUUCGGUUACCGGAAGAAACGGGAGGAGAAGUUUACAAGGAGUCAGACUCAGUCUCCAACGCCACCAAAGCCUCCGUCCCCGAGCUUCGAAUUGGGGCUGUCCAACUUCCCUCCGCUGCCUGGGGCGGCAGGCCACUUGAAGACUGAGGACUUGUUUGAAAACAGGCUGUCUAGCUUGCUACUGGGAUCAUCAAAAGAAAGGGGCCUCGGCACGGACGCAGGCGUGAGCACUCUGCCCGCAGCAGCCCCCAGAGAGCCCCCGGGGCCAGCCCCCUGCACGCUGUCCGCGGCCCACGAGCGUGCCCCGUCCCCUGUCUGCCUGCCCGAGGACCCCAAGGUGGUAGAGAAGCCGAGGGAAGCCCCGAGUGCAGACAGACUUCCUUCCGCCUCGACUGCGAGUAAAUCGGUGCAGGUGAACGGUGCCGCCACGGAACUGCGGAAACCCAGCUACGCGGAGAUUUGCCAGAGGACAAAUAGAGAGCCUCCAUCCUCCCCGCUGCAACCCCCAAAAGAACAGAAGCCAAACACUGUCAGUUGUGGGAAGGAAGACAAGAAGCUCGCUGAGAGAGAGCCCCCCGCCCCCAAAUCCAACCCGGGACCACCCAGAGACCAGAAGAGGCCGCUAGGCCGCCGGCCCUCGCCCCCCGCUGCAGGGCGGCGUCCACACAGAGAACAGAGCACCCCUCCCCGGUCCCCUCAGUGAGCACCCAGGUCUGGGAGGGCUGUGAGGAGCUGAGGUCGCACGACUAAGCACUGUCCUACUCGGUACCGAGAAUGAGCCACUGGUUAGGAGCUUGCAGUGUAGACAAGGCCCGCGAAAUGCCUGCAAGUUAUUUUUCUUCUAUGAGUCAGAUUUUCCCCCUCUUGAAAAAAAAUCUAUUUUUCAGGAUUUAAUUAAUAUAAACCUUAUUUUAGGUUGGUGCUUAACUGGAGGUGAUGCAUAAGUCUGAUUUUUUUCAGGAUAGAAAAUGCAUUUAUCCUAACAAAUUGAUAUUUUUUAUUAAGCCUCCAUGUGGCUAUGAAUGCAAGCUAUAAAUAGUGAGUUUUUCUAAAUUAAGUGGAACUGUGCUACUUCAUUUUUUAAAAUAACUGGUUGGCAAGUGCAUAUCUCUAAGGGUGUCCAGACCGAUGGGUGAGGCUGAGGACAGUCGGUUGAGGGCACGAAGCGGUGCUGUAGGUGUGCCUGGAGGAGGGACAAGUCAGACCAGGCACACACUGGCCCGGGCGUGUGCCCUCAUGCAGAAUCCCAGCAAGCGGUUCUAUCUUUUUAGAAAAAGUGCAACCCCUUUUUUGAUCUACUGGGCAAACAGAAGCCGCAGAGAGCCCCCAAGAGCCUGAAACCUGGAGUUUUGAUGCACUGCAAGCGAGUAACCAGCUCCUCAGUCCAGUCCCAAGUGGCUGUCAUGUAAGAUAAAUUCAAAGCACAUUGUGAAUAGAACUCAAUGGAAACAUGAACUUUGUUGCCCACUGACAUGUCACCGCAGAAUUGUGCCCUGGUGUUGUCUUGCUCCCACGAGCUGGUGGAAGGUCCUGCGUCUCCCCCACGUUAGCCGGCUCCCACGGGCGCCUCCCCGACCCUCCGCAUCAGCACGGGCCAAACGUUACUUGAUCUUGGGAGAGUGUUUGGUGCCCUGUGGUGGUGGAGGGUGAGAAUUCCCGCUCUUUACCUCCGAGACGGGGCCUCCUGACCCCUCUGGAAGUGCUGCACUCUGAACACGCAUGCACUAAAGCUAGUGGUUUCUGAUAAAGUUACAUAUAAAUUAUUUUCUUUUAAAAUGCCUAAAUUUUUCCUUUAAGUAUUCUAAGCAGCAGACAUUAAAAUAAGAAUAUUUCCUGCUAAAUGUAACCAUACAGUUUAUUCUGCAAAAUGUUAUUUAACAAGACUGAGGAUUUUUUUAAAAAAGUUAUUUCCAUCCAAUAUUUAAAGACUUGAAUUUUAUUUAAACUUGAAAAUGACUUUGCCUUAACUUUUGUAUAAGACAGCGUAGAGUUCCUGGAGGUGGUCCCUGGGGUGGCGUGCGUGGCUCGCAGUCGCUGGGUGAGGCGGGUCUGCCGGCGCUGGCUCUGCCGAGGCCGCGUGCGGAGGACGCGGACCAGCGGUCGGGCUUGCAGCACAGCUGGAAGAUCUCUCACAGCCGAUCUUUGCUGACUGUCGAAAAGGCCUGUAAAUGCAGAUAGUCGAUACUGUAUUAAAUGUGUGCACUUGGGAGUGUGUGCUUCGCUUGUACAGUUGUAAAUAAUCAGAACAUAUUAAAAAGGUACCCUAAAGAGAAAAAUCUGAUAAAAAUUAUUGAUAUAUUAUAAAUGUUGCUAUUGAGCUGAAUGUAGAUAAACUAAAUGUUGUGGUUUGAGUAUUAUUUUAAUUUGUUGAGGUUUUUUUCCCCCUCUUGAACUGGUGUGUUGAACUGAUUCUGCCUCUUCGCUGCUGCAGAGGGGAAUGGACGGGCUCAUGAAAGCCUUCGCACACGGUCAUGCUCUGCCCGAAAGUAUGCACACCUGCUCGUCCAGCUGGCGUGGAGGGGUUGUGGAGUGUGAUGGAGAAAGCAGAGGCCGGCAGGACCUCCAGGAGAAGGGAAGCGUGGUCUGCUGCUGAGGAUCACGAGCAGCCCGGCCUGGCUCCCCCUGCCGGGGCCUCAGAGCAGCCAGCGUCAGUCACACACCUAGCCAUGCACACAGUGCUAACGCCUUGCAGAUGCCUGUGAGAGGAAGAUGGGGAUGCAUUUCUCUGUGGUUGUGAGAUCGCUGGCAGAACGCGGGAACAAUUGGCCUCUUAGACCCAGACCAGCGAGGACUGGAGAGACUUGGACAGGCAGCUCCGACCGAGGAGCCACCUAGCGCUGCGGCCUUGCCGGAGGGGGGCCGAUGCUGUCAGCCAUCGUCGUCCCCGAGUCACUCAGGACAAAGCUGCCUUUCCCUUACGCACGUGUGGACUGGUGGCUGGAGCUCGCCGCUGCAGUUACGGACAGGACGAUGGUGACCACUGUGACAGCAGGCCAGCCAGUCGGCGUGGCGAGGCACACGUGCACAGCAGGGCAUGCCGCGCAGCUCCCGCAGCCAGUCCAUGGCAUCCAGAGUUGCACCUUGCUCUGACAGGAUUUUUAUAGCACCCUUUUUCAUUAAACAAAGGUGAUAUGCCAAAUAGCUGUAUGAUGUCCCAAAAACAACCUUUCUGAUACUACUCUGAGAUUCUCCACUCACAGGAAAGAAUGGGAGUUGGCACAACAGGAAGUUGUGACGCAGAUGGCAGCUCUGUCACACGCAGCCAAUAGUAUGUGGCGUUUGUACAUUUAAAAAAGCGUCACUUUCCUUUCCCCCAGCAGUAUUUCGAGGUAUAGAAUCAGAUACAGCAGUCACAAAUGACCUUUUAACUUGUACAGUUGUGUGAUGAUACUUGCCACUGGGAAAUCUGAGCAUCCGGCCUGCUUCUCCAGACAUGAAUUUCAAGCAGUGUAGUUGCUUUUUAGGAGUCAGUGUCGUGACGUUUCCGAUCCAGCCCUCCCAUAGGCCCCGACGAGGGCAGCCGCCACGGCAGGUGCAAGCCGUGGGUGGGUUCACACAGAAAGCAGCAGACAAUCGGAGAUGGAGGGAGAGCCACCAGCUGCCAGGUCGCGAGAUGGGGUGUGAUGUGGAAGCUUUCUUUGAGGGCUUUCGUUUUUCUGUUCUUUUCAUUAAGACUGGAAUCAAGCUUAUGUGUAAACUAUUGGUAAUUUAAGUUUCCUUUGUGUCAUUCAGUGUAAAACUGUCUAAUUUGAAAAAAAAAUGUAGGUUAUGAGAAAUAAAGAUUUAGGCACUGUUCAA